UAUGCGUGCACUGGUCUGAAGUGUGUUAUGUGUACUGUUCUGUUCAAUUGAUUUGUGCAUAUCCAAGUUACAUGAGCUCCUGAUUCGUGCAUACACAAUUCACAUGAGCUUCAUAUGUGUAUUGUUCUGUUCAUAUGAUUUCUGCAUAUAUUUGAGGACCAAAGUGACAUGCAUUUUCUUAGAGAAGAGUCGAGCAUGACUGCUGAAUGGAGCGUUGAAAACACUCAGAUUGUUUGCGAGUUGUUUGCUGAGCAAGUGAAUGUUGGAAAUAGUCCAGGCAAUUAUUUGACACCAAAGGCAUUUGAUGAGGUGACAAAGCAAUUUAAGAUGAGAACUAGGCUUGACUGCACAGAUACGCAAUUGAAAAACAAAUGGGACAAGCUUAAAGAUGAAUUCAACAUAUUCAAGAAACUCAAGUUCCGGGAGACCGGAGCCGGAUGGGACUAUGUGAACAACACCGUGUCACAAGAUGAUGAAUGGUGGAAAAAGGCUAAAAUUAUAUCACAACUGAUGGUACUGACCAUUGGAAUCCCUCUUCGGGCAUGCCUCGUCCCUCUAGUGCGGCAGUGAAAGUCAGCGUCAAUGUUGAUGAGAUCGAAGAUCUUGAUCUGGAUGAGACUGAAUAACAAGCAUCUCAAACAACACCUACUUCAUCUAAAGUGAGGCUUGAAAUCAUCAUUCCAGAGAAGAACAAGAAACCCAAGACCGCACAAGUGAUGUGUGAGAAAGUUAUAAGGAUUGGUGACAUUGCCGAGGCUUCCAACUCAUCAUUUCAGUCUUUCCUAAAGCAAGAUGAGGAGAACUGUGUCAGCUCGGUUAUGGAUGAAGUCAUUGCUUGUGGUGCAGCACCUGAUACCGAUGAGUUCUUCAUGGCUACCGAGUUGUUUGUGAAGAUGGAGCAAAGGGAGAUGUUUCUUUAUAUGCCUCUUGAGCCCGAAAGGGUUGGUUGCGCAGGAAGUAUGACUUGAAGUAUGAGAAGUAGUUAAUUUACAUGCACACUAUUCCAUCUAUUUGUGAUGGUCGGCUAUCCUUUGCUAUCAAAACUAUUUGCGUCUAUGUUGUUGAACCUAGUGCUUGAUACCAUUCUAUCUAUUUAUGUACGCAUUGUGAACCAUAUUUAUGUCUAUGUUGUUGAACUACUUGACAC